CCGUCGCCUCUGCGCCUCUCGCACUCGCGUCAUAUGCGAGCGAGAAAUUGCAGACUUUGGAUUAAGAUUACUCAAUAAUGACUCGCAACUUUUCUUUGGUGCGUCUCCACCCACUCCCCCUCCGCCCUCCCCCGCAUCACGACUGUCUGCCGUCAAGAGUUGACAAACGGUAGCAGCAUCCGAGACACGCCAGCGCGACCGCGAGGAAUCAUUCAGUCACUGGUCACUAAUUCGUUAAAUAGCUAUUGAUAAUCGUGCUCAGCGGAAAAAAUGUCAGGACGCAAGACACAUGGAAAAAAAAUAAAGAAGACGGAAAGAGAUUUAGAUGCCGAGUUAGAUAAAGAAAUACAGGAGGGAAUGAGAGGAAUAGAGAUAGAUGAGAACGUGAUAGAGAAAGGGGAAGAGACAGAGGAAGAGAUAGAAGAGGAAGAGGAGGAAGAAGAGAAAAAAAACAAAAAGAAAAAGAGAGGAGGACGUUUGCUGAAAGAAAGAAACGUGAUAUAUGGAAAACCACGUGGAUAUAAGUGAGGAGGAGGAUGGACAGGAGGGUGGAAAGAAGUAUCGAGAGGAGGAUUGAGAGGAGGGUGGAGAGGAGAGUCGAGAGGAGGAUGGAGAGGAGGGUGGAGAGGAGAGUCGAGAGGAGGAUGGAUGAGAGGAGGGUGGAGAGGAGAGUCGAGAGGAGGGUGGAUGAGAGGAGGGUGGAAAGGAGAGUCGAGAGGAGGAUGGAGAAGAGGAGGCAGAGUUCGGUAAAUAUAUAUUUUUAAAUUAAAGUUAAUAAUUUAAAAUUAAGUUAAAAUAAAACUAGGUAUUAAGUUAAAUUAAUAGUUAAUUUUGAAAAAUAUUCAUGUUAAAUUUAAAAAUCGUAAAUUUUU